AUGAUUUUGGUAUUAGCCUUCCUCUUCGCUGUUCUCAUUCUUAAUGUUCUUCUAUGGAGAUGGCUAAAGGCCUCAGCAUGUAAAUCCCAAAGGCUUCCUCCUGGCCCACCAAGAUGGCCUAUUUUGGGCAACCUUCUCCAAUUGGGCCCUUUACCUCACAGGGACUUGUCCGCACUAUGUGGCAAGUACGGCCCAUUAGUCUACCUUCGGCUCGGAAACAUCGAUGCCAUCACAACAAACGAUCCUGAUACCAUCCGAGAGAUUCUAUCCCGGCAAGACGAUGUUUUCGCCUCGAGACCUAAAACGCUCGCUGCUGUCCACCUUGCAUACGGAUGCGGGGAUGUUGCGUUAGCGCCGAUGGGCCCGCAUUGGAAAAGAAUGAGGAGAAUAUGCAUGGAACACCUACUUACAACCAAACGGCUUGAAUCGUUUACGGCCCAACGAGCUGAGGAAGCGCGGUAUCUAAUACGGGAUGUCUUUCAACGGGCCGAAUCCGAAAAGCCCAUAAACCUUAGGGAAAUAUUGGGUGCUUUUUCUAUGAACAAUGUGACUCGAAUGCUACUAGGGAAGCAGUUUUUUGGACCUGGGUCACUAGUAAGUCCAAAAGAAGCUCAAGAAUUUAUGCAUAUAACUCAUAAAUUGUUUUGGUUGUUGGGUGUUAUUUACUUAGGAGACUACUUGCCGCUUUGGAGAUGGGUGGAUCCGUACGGAUGCGAGAGAGAAAUGAGAGACGUAGAGAAGCGUGUGGACAAGUUUCACUCGAAGAUCAUCGAUMAGCACAGAAGGGCAAAACGGGGAAAAGAAGAUAAUAACGAAGACAUGGAUUUUGUUGACGUUUUAUUGUCUCUACCUGGUGAGAUUGGUAAAGAACACAUGGAAGACGUUGAAAUCAAAGCACUAAUUCAGGACAUGAUCGCUGCCGCGACGGAUACAUCAGCGGUCACGAACGAAUGGGCAAUGGCUGAAGUGAUUAAGCAACCACGAGUGAUGCGUAAAAUUCAAGAAGAGCUCGAUCAUGUCGUAGGAUCAAACCGGAUGGUCGAUGAAUCGGAUUUAAUCCAUUUAAACUAUCUACGAUGUGUGGUACGGGAAACAUUCCGAAUGCAUCCGGCCGGACCGUUCUUGAUCCCCCAUGAAUCCGUCCGACCAACAACGAUCAAUGGCUACUACAUCCCGGCAAAGACACGUGUCUUCAUCAAUACACAUGGAUUGGGCCGAAACACUAAAAUAUGGACCGAUGUGGACGAAUUUAGGCCCGACCGGCAUUGGCCCGUCGAUGGUAGCCGGCGGGUCGAGAUAAGCCACGGGCCGGAUUUUAAGAUAUUGCCGUUUAGCGCCGGGAAGAGGAAAUGUCCCGGAGCUCCGUUAGGCGUGACUAUGGUGCUAAUGGCUCUGGCUCGGCUCUUUCAUUGCUUUGAGUGGUCUUCGCCGGAAAAUAUUGAUACCGAGGAAGUUUAUGGCAUGACUAUGCCUAAGGCUAAACCAUUGUGGGCAGUGGCUAGGCCACGAUUAUCAGCUCAUUUAUAUACAUAG